UUCUAUGCUGUCUUUCCCGGACUAUGUUUUUCCAUCCUCUUGGUAGCACUCGACACCAGCAUAGUGGGAACCGCUUUGCCCACCAUUGUUAGCAGUCUCGGCUCUGGUGCGUUAUAUAUUUGGAUUGUCAAUGGCUAUUUCCUAUCCGUUGCGGUGUUGCAGCCACUCGCCGGCCAGAUGGCCAAUAUCUUUGGCCGGCGCACUCUUGGGAGUGGCCUCUGUGCUGGCGCAAGCUCUACCGAGAUGCUCAUCGCAGCGAGGAUUAUCCAAGGAAUCGGAGGCGGCGGUAUUUCUGUACUGGUAUCAAUAAUUGUUGGCGAUUUGGUCCCGUUGCGCUAUCGUCAGAAGUACAUGGCCAUUGUUAUGUCCUUUUUUGCCUUGGGAACUUUCAUCGGACCAAUUGUCGGUGGU